UCAGGUUCUCCUCACAUACAGGACACGCAGGGGAGAGCGUCUGUGGUCACGUGAUCAGCGCUUAACUCCUCCCACUUCAGAACUCCCGCUCUCCGGGAAUAACCCGCUCCUGUUAUGUCUCCGCUACUCACUGGAGGCGGAAGUCAUGGCGGCCUGUGUAUUCUGCCCCGGACUACUACUCAUCCUGCUCCACAGCUUCUCCGGCAGCAUUUGGUGUCCGCUCCAUGCAAUCGGCUUCAAUCUGAUGGUCUUCAUGCUGCUGGCCUGUCACACCCGCGCUGUCUUCUCUGACCCAGGACUGGUCCCUUUACCAGAAACUGCCAUCGACUUCUCAGACUUGCGCUCUAACACACCUCGCAAAAGUGACCGGGGUAAUGAGGACUGGACUGUGUGCAACCGCUGCGAAACCUACCGCCCCCCGCGCGCUCACCACUGCCGCAUCUGCCACCGCUGUAUACGGAGGAUGGAUCACCACUGCCCCUGGAUAAAUAACUGUGUUGGGGAAUUAAACCAAAAGUAUUUCAUCCAGUUCCUCUUUUAUACAGGCCUGACAAGCUUUUACGCUAUGGGCUUAGUGCUGGCCACUUGGCUCUGGCCGUCCAGGAAGGGCCCGGAGGAGGCUGCAGAGAAGGAGGCCACAGGGCACAGCCAUGUCCAGCUGGCUCACUGCAUCCUCCUUCUGGUGGAGUCCGUCCUCUUCGGCCUCUUCGUCACAGUUAUCUUCUAUGAUCAGAUCAUGUCCAUCAUUACAGAUGAGACUCCCAUCGAGCAGCUGAGGAACAGACUCCUGAAGGAAGCGAAUAAAGAAGUCAUCCACACCCGCAAACCAAAGAUGGCGCUCCUGAGGGAGGUGUUUGGCAGAGGUUAUAUGAUCUGCUGGUUCUUUCCGUGUAAUAACCCUCCGUCCUCUGGGGGCCCUGCGUACAGUUACCUCCCUGACUAUGACGUAUAGAGAUUGGGCCGGACCUUCUUCUUCCCGUCUGGUGACAUCCUCUCUGGUCAGUACAGUUGGACGCUCUAGUCGGGAGCUUCCCCUCCUUCCCCUGGAUGGUUUGCACUAGGUGCCGUUGCUGUGGCGGAUCUGUUACAUGCGCUGUAAAGGCCGCUCAGUGCUCGGGGUACUUUGGCCUUGUCUUCAGACUUUAUGUUUUUUUAACUCUUUUUGUGUUUUUACUCGUUGGAUUUUAUUACCUCCUGCUGUCGAUACUGUGGUGGAUUUUUUCUACGCUCUCAACCCCCUCACACUGAGUGAAGCCUGUAAUGGACCACACUCACCACUGGGGGGGGGGGGG